GGAACAUUGUCUCAGGUAUGCAAGGUGCUGAUUGGAUCCCGAAUAUAAAUAAAUGUAAAUGGGCCUCAGUGCGAGACAAAUCAGAGCAGUUUUCCCCACUGACCCAGUUUAAUCCAGGAUAGAGUUUUUUAUUUUAUUUUAAUUUCAUUUUCAUUCAUUUAUUCCCGGGUCCUUGCCUCUGGAUGAUGAAACUGAAGGUUUGGGUCAUUUCCAUGCCCCUGUGUAUGGUCCUCAUAUUCCUGUUCGUCCAAAUCACAUUCAGAUCCGGUUUGUAUGAUUUCGUCGAUUUCGGUGAGCCGAAGAUGUGCGCGUGCAUGAGCUGCGUGAAGGAGCCACAGCAGGAUCCGUGGUUCAUGGAGCGCUAUGACGGCCGGGUGCCAAUAUUUAUGAACAGGACCAACAGCAAGCUCAGUGAGCUCACGCUGAACUGGUGGAUGCAUCUGCAGUCAUCUCAAACAGUGGGACUCAGUGAAGUGGUGGAACCUCUGUUCUCACUGUUCCAUGAUAAGGAACACUACAAUGACCCUAGUCCUGACCGCUGUCGAACCUGUGCUGUGGUUGGGAACUCUGCUAAUCUGAAGCAAUCUCAUUAUGGUGCUAUAAUAGAUGCUCAUGACUUUGUUUUCAGGAUGAAUCGUGGUUCAACAGCAGGUUAUGAAAGGGAUGUUGGCACAAAGAUCACACACCGAGCAAUUUAUCCAGAGAGUGCUAUGGACCUGGAAAACUCCACCCAUCUAGUGCUGCUGCCUUUUAAAGUUUUGGAUUUGCAGUGGCUCAUUAGUGUUUUCACCACCAAAAACAUUACACGUACAUAUACUGCAGUGAAACCUACAAUAAAGGCAAACAAAGACAAGGUGAUGAUCAUUAAUCCCGAGUUUAUGAAAUAUGUCUACGAAACAUGGUUGAAGAAACAAGGGAAAUAUCCAUCCACUGGCUUCAUGAUGCUCAUGUUGGCCCUGCACAUCUGUGACCAGGUGAGUGUAUUUGGAUUUGGGGCCGAUUCAGAUGGACGAUGGUACCAUUACUUUGACCACUGGCAUCAACGGCUCAUGAAUGCAGGUGUACACAGAGGGGGAGUUGAAUAUGAACUCAUUCUGAAGCUUGAGCAGAAAGAGAGGAUCAAAAUGUAUAAAGGAUGGUCAUAGAGUCAGGUGAGGGACUGGAGAAGCCACUAAUUCUCUAUUUUUUUUCCCACCCACAGAUGUGUUUUUUAAAAGGCUUUUUCAUCGGCCCCAAACUUGCUCACAUCAUAACAUUGUUUAAGAGUGAGUCACAUCAGCCCACUCUUUCAUGGACUUACUGAGCAACAAAGUCUCAUUUAAACUCAGUAAUGCUCAAUAUCAAUGCUGAGAACACACACCCCUGUGCAAAUCACUUUUACUGCUCUUAUAUACUUGAUACCAGUCAUUAGCUCAUUAUCAAGCCCUUCAUUUUCUCGAUCUGGUGGAAUAGACAUGAAAUAAUGGAUAUACUUUGGGAAUGUAAACCAGCAACAUUUUUACCUUUUCUAGGAUUUUAUCAUGUGGAAAAAAAUUUAAAAUAAACAAACAAACAACAAAAAAAAAACCUAAGCAGUGUAUGUAUGUGUACACCGCACAGAUACAGUGUUCAGUAGGUAUGCAAUUACUGACUGUUGUUAUGCAUAAUUUGUGUAAUGUAAUGGCUACGUAUUUAAACUGUGUGUGUCUGUAAAACAUUAUUAACUAUGCAAGGUGUAAAGUACAUUAUAUUUUAUCCUGUGACUGAGCAAUAAUAAUUUAACCUCAAGGGGGAACCAUUAAUGGUUAGAGAAGCAGCUUUGGGACCAAAAAGUCAUGGGUUUGAGUCCCUGGACCAGCAAGAAUGGCUGAAGUACAACCCAGAUUCCAAAAAAGUUGGGACAAAGUACAAAUUGUAAAUAAAAACGGAAUGCAAUAAUUUACAAAUCUCAAAAACUGAUACUGUAUUCACAAUAGAACAUAGACAACAUAUCAAAUGUCGAAAGUGAGACAUUUUGAAAUUUCAUGACAGCAACACAUCUCAAAAAAGUUGGGAAAGGGGCAAUAAGAGGCUGGAAAAGUUAAAGGUACAAAAAAGCAACAGCUGGAGGAUCAAAUUGCAACUCAUUAGGUCAACUGGCAAUAGGUCAUUAACAUGACUGGGUAUAAAAAGAACAUCUUGGAGUGGCAGCGGCUCUCAGAAGUAAAGAUGGGAAGAGGAUCACCAAUCCCCCUAAUUCUGCGCUGACAAAUAGUGGAGCAAUAUCAGAAAGGAGUUCGACAGUGUAAAAUUGCAAAGAGUUUGAACAUAUCAUCAUCUACAGUACAGUGCAUAAUAUCAUCAAAAGAUUCAGAGAAUCUGGAAGAAUCUCUGUGCAUAAGGGUCAAGGCCAGAAAACCAUACUGGGUGCCCAUGAUCUUCGGGCCCUUAGACGGCACUGCAUCACAUGUCGGUACAGGCAUGCUUCUGUAUUGGAAAUCACAAAACGGGCUCAGGAAUAUUUCCAGAGAACAUUAUCUGUGAACACAAUUCACCGUGCCAUCCGCCAUUGCCAGCUAAAACUCUAUAGUUCAAAGAAGAAGCCGUAUCUAAACAUGAUCCAGAAGCGCAGACGUCUUCUCUGUGCCAAGGUUCAUUUAAAAUGGACUGGCAAAGUGGAAAACUGUUCUGUGGUCAGACGAAUCAAAAUUUGAAGUUCUUUAUGGAAAUCAAGGACACCGUGUCAUUCGGACUAAAGAGGAGAAGGACGACCCAAGUUGUUAAGUUGUUAUCAGCGCUCAGUUCUGAAGCCUGCAUCUCUGAUGAUAUGAGGUUGCAUUAGUGCGUGUGACAUGGGCAGCUUACACAUCUGGAAAGACACCAUCAGUGCUGAAAGGUAUAUCCAGGUUCUAGAGCAACAUAUGCUCCCAUCCAGACAAUGUCUCUUUCAGGGAAGACCUUGCAUUUUCCAACAUGACAAUGCCAAACCACAUACUGCAUCAAUUACAGCAUCAUGGCUGUGUAGAAGAAAGGUCCGGGUACUGAACUGGCCAGCCUGCAGUCCAGAUCUUUCACCCAUAGAAAACAUUUGGCGCAUCAUAAAAUGGAAGAUACGACAAAAAAGACCUAAGACAGUUGAGUAACUAGAAUCCUACAUUAGACAAGAAUGGGUUAACAUUCCUAUCCCUAAACUUGAGCAACUUGUCUCCUCAGUCCUCAGACGUUUACAGACUGUUGUAAAGAGAAAAGGGGAUGUCUCACAGUGGUAAACAUGGCCUUGUCCCAACUUUUUUGAGAUGUGGUGUUGUCAUGAAAUUUAAAAUCACCUAAUUUUUCUCUUUAAAUGAUACAUUUUCUCAGUUUAAACAUUUGAUGUCAUUUAUGUUCUAUUCUGAAUAAAAUAUGGAAUUUUGAAACUUCCACAUCAUUGCAUUCCAUUUUUAUUUACAAUUUGUACUUUGUCCCAACUUUUUUGGAAUUGGGGUUGUAUUCCUGAGCAAGGCACCUGGCCCCUAACUGCUCCCCAGGAUGCUCAGAGUAUGUUAUAUAUUGCUCUGGCUAAUGCCUGUAAUGUAAUCUCCUGUUUCUUGGGGAAAAAAUGAGCAAAAUAUUCCUGGGUCCAUUGUUUCCAGAUCUGUGUAACUCUUGCUGUAGAAGCUUAUUUACUGGGAAAGUAUUACACCUGAAGUUGGGUUUCUCUGUUAUAUCUAUUAUGAGGCAUGUAAAUUUUCAUGUCUGGCCUUAUUGAUGAAGAUGGUCUCAGGACCUUCUCUAGUUUUGGACAGUUCCAGAAUUAUUGGCACCCUUCAAUGAUUUUAAAAAUAGACAGUUUGAGAAGCAGGAACAUGCCUAGAACUAAAACUAACUGGAAAACUAACUAUAUGUGCUCUACUUACAAAGAUUUGAGACAUGGUGGUAACUGGAUGGCUAGAUAAAAGUCAAGCCAAGUCAAGCGGCUUCAUUGUUGUUUCAACCAUAUACAGCUGGGACAGUAUACAGUGAAAUGAAACAACAUUCCUCCAGGACCAUAAAAACAAUACAGGACUACACAAGCCUACACAGACCUAUACAGGAUGUCAUAAAUUUCUUGCUUGAAUAAAGAGCCUAAUGCAAAAACAUGUAAAAAAAAAUUACCUAGUAAUUAAGCUGCUGUAAAUGUACACAUAACAUACAGUGUCUUGCAAAAGUAUUCAUCCCCCUUGGCGUUUGUCCUGUUUUGUUGCAUUACAAGAUGGAAUUAAAAUGGACUUCUGUAUG